AUGAAAUUAGUCGGGAUAUUCAGAGAAAUUGAAGAAGCGUUUCCAAAUAAACUGAAACUCUUUGAAUUUGAGAGUUCCACUACCAGAACAUCACCUCUACAACAUGUCGGUUUCAUCGUAGAUACACCAGGAUGUAGAAUACCAGAUUUCGAUCCAUUCGACGAACUCGUAAAAAAAUUCAUCGAAAAACCCAAAAAUCACAUUUGCAACCACGGAAAACCGGCUUUAUUAGCGUCGAAUCUAACGUCGAUUUAUGUGAUAACCGCAUCGUUAUCAGCCUAUAAUAUUAGCGAUACAACUUUAUUAGAAUGCCGUUACAACGGUUUUUUCAGAAAGAAACCUAAAAGAGGCGAAUCGGACACGAGGAUCAGUUUCAGCGGUAUCUGGUACAACUUUACAAAAUCUAUAAACGUCAAAUACGAAUUCAUCCGAGCCGUUUGUCACUAUAACAAUAUUUUAAUCUACGAAGACAUGUUUUCUUUCGUACCAAUAACAAAUAUAAAACGAUUCGACCACCCACAACCGCUAAAUGUACUAAUUUUGGGUUUAGACUCCGUAUCGAGACUAAAUCUUCACAGACAAAUGCCCAAAACGGUUAAUUAUUUGAAAAAAUUGGGCGCCGUAGAAUUUCUAGGUUAUAAUAAAGUGGCCGAUAACACUUUUCCCAAUCUCGUCCCGAUUCUAACGGGACUAAACGUUAAAGAACUAAAUAAAACUUGUACGCCGAAAACUAACGAUUAUUUCGACGAAUGUCCUUUCAUAUGGAAACUAUAUAAAGACGAAGGGUACGUAACAGCCUACGGUGAAGAUGCGGCACAUUUGGCUUUGUUCACUUACGGAUUCAAAGGAUUCAAACAACAACCGACGAAUUUUUAUUACAGCCACUUCAGCAGAUACGCGGAGAAACGUAUCGGCAACAACUUCAACGUAAACACGUUCAUUUGUCAAGGUUCUCGUUACGUUUAUCAGGAUUUCAUAAAUUAUGUAGAAAAAUUCGUCGUUACUAUGAAACUUAACGCUCUACCUUAUUUCGCUUUCUUCUGGGAAGUCAGUAUCUCCCACGACGACUUGAACUACCCCCGCACGGCCGACGAGGCCUACUACGAAUUUUUCCGGCGACUGCAGAACGGCGGUCAUUUGGAAAACGCCGCGACGGUUUUUUUGAGCGACCACGGCAUUAGAUUCGGCGGCGUACGCCGAACGCUUCAAGGUAGAUUCGAGGAACGGUUACCUUUUCUUUUCAUCCGCCUACCGGAAUGGUUCGCGAACAAGUACGAACGAGGUGUGAAUAAUUUAAUUGAAAACGCCGAGAGACUCACUACUCCUUUCGAUCUCCACGAGACGCUAAAAGAUUUGGUUUAUCACGAAAAUCUAAUCGGUGAAUCGAAUACCGGAAAAUUCAGUAGAGGUUGUAGUUUGUUUGGUAAAAUUAAUGGUAACAGAAGUUGCGAUCAAGCCGGUAUUUCGAGUCACUGGUGUACGUGUCGGGAAACUAUCGACGUACCGACCGAUAAAUCGAUAGCGGUUAAAUCCGCGCGAUUCGUCGUCGAUUAUAUAAAUCGAUUGCUUGUCGGUUCGAAAAAAUGCGCGAAAUUACGAUUAUCCGACAUUAAAACUGUUACUUUACAUGUAAAUAAGAUGGACGCGAUUGAAGAUUACAUGAUUAAUUUCGAAACGGUUCCUGGCGACGCGAUUUUCGAAUCGACCGUUCGACACACCGAAAAUGAAUUACGAGUUAUCGGUACGAUAAGUAGAUUGGAUUUAUACGCUCAACAAAGUUAUUGUAUUGACGAUAAAUAUUUAAAAAUGUAUUGUUUUUGUUUAUAA